AUGCAACCACCACAAGAAAAUAACGCCGAAUCAAAUUCUUUUCGUAUUCCUCCAGCAUCUACCUCCUCAUCCACCGCUUCCCUACACCCCACGUCACAACGUCCGUCAUUCACGCUUCCUGGAAUGGGGAUUCAACGACAGUUACCGACUCCCACCCUCUACCCACCGUCAUUACUCGCCCAGAUGUUUCAGCCAUAUUUGAAUGGAGUUUUCCCUCCACCAGAGAUCGCUUUUCAUCUCAUGCAGGCUUCAUCGUCCACGCAGCCAAAGUUACCUCCUCUAGAUCCAAAUGUCCUCUCGAAGAGGAUGCAUCAUAUUUCAGAGGACAGAGACUCUGGCAAUGAAUCACUUAGUUACGCUGGAUCACCUCCUCUUUCUGGAACCUCUUCGAACGAUUCGUCAAGGUCCAACUCGUUCUCCGUAUCAGCGCUGCUCAAGACAGAAAUUAUAUCGAAGGUUAGACAAAAUGUAGCAGCACCUGGACCAUCGGUUCAUUCGGAAACGAAACCACCGAAAAUUUCGGAAGCGGAUCCCCCUGCUCGCUCUGAUCCUCAACCGGUUCAUGCACCAACACCAGUGAAACCAUCCACAUUUCCCGGACUGCCGCCUAAUUUUCAUCAUCAACUUCCGAUGGGAAAUUUCCAUUUCCCUCAUAUAACAGCACCUGGUCCUCUGGGACAACUCUCGAACUUUGGCCUCCCGCCAGGACCUCCGGGACCGCUUACCCCACAACGACCGGCGCAAUCGGGUAAUUAUCCGGAUCACUUCAAGAUGCAACAUUUUUUCACGAUGGGGAUGCCGGUGAGUGAUGGCUCGAGUCAGCGAGAUAUUUGUGUUGUUUGUCAUGACAAUGCAAGUGGUUAUCACUAUGGAGUGAUGAGCUGCGAGGGAUGCAAGGGUUUCUUCCGUCGCACCGUGCAAAAGAACAUGGACUACACAUGCCACAAGGAAAAACAAUGCCCAGUUGAUCGAGUGAGCAGAAACCGUUGUCAAGCUUGUCGAUUCCAAAAAUGUCUCGACAAGGGCAUGACAAAGGAAUCAGUUCGUCAGGAUCGUACGAGGAAAAGAAAAACACGAGAUGAAGAAAAAGAUACGGAACUGGACGAUACUCGUACAUUGAUGAACACCGUUGAUGAGGUCACGAACGCUUAUCGGGAAGCGUUCGGUGAUGCUAACGAAGAGGACAUUGUUUCUCGUGUACGGCGGUUUGUCAGCAAAGUCACACUUUUCAAAGAGUAUUCGGAGGAACAACUUACAGCGAAAAUCCAGAAAGGGGCGAGAGGAUGUAUGUUGCUGCGCGCUGCAUUUGUCCCGGGAGAGACUUCAGCUGCUCCGGAUUGUGGAGCGUUGUUGGAACGACUUCGGAGCGGAUUGUCGGAUAUAGAAGUCGAGGAACUAGCCUUAUUGUCUGCCGUUCACGUAGCGCAACCAAAUGGAACGCACGGCAACGACAACGUGACGAUGAGACUCAGCGAAUGCUUACAAGCUCAAGUACGAAUUAAUAAUCCAGAGAAGGAGAACUCGAAUAAGUUCACAAGGAUGCUAUUCAAAUUACCUCUGCUUGACGAUUGA